AUGCGUUUUAUUCGAGAAAGCGUUAAUGAAGAACAAAAUUUUCCGAUAUUAAAUACGUCAUUAAUUAUGGAUAUUGAUACAAAUUUAAUGCCAUUAAAUGUAUCAUUUGAAAAUAAUAAUAAUACAAAUUCAACAAAUGGAUCCUCGUUGGUCUCAUAUAUUUCAUCGUCAUCAAAUAAAAAUAGUUUUACAGUUGACUUCGGUUGGAAUUUUAUCAUUCUAUUUGCAUUGGGCUCGGUUUUUGUCAUAUUUCUUGUUAGUAUUGGCAUGUGGUAUUGGUGUAAACGUGUAAAUCAUUUACGUCGAGGACAUUCAUUACCUCUUGCUGAGAAUGAUUUUAUUGAAACAACAAAGAUUGAAGCAAAACGUCUAUCAUAUAGUCCAAUAAAAGCCUCAUCAAUGCAAGUUCCACCACCUGUUCCACCUCGACCUACAGCAUAUACAAAUAUUCUUGGUAAAAUUGAAUAUCGAUCAAAUCUAUAA